CAGUGAUAGGUGUUAGAAAAGACAGAUGUUAAAUAGUCAGGCAUUUAAGCCUUCAUAUUUUUUACGUAUAUGUCGCCGAUGGAAAGUAACAAAUAAUGCACAUCGCAACGCUUUAAGCACAUCGCCUUCAGUGAUCGUCAAAAGGGAUGUUAUAUCUAGAUACCAUUUUCCUAAAAAUAAAGAUGCGCUUUUGUUAGAAACAGAACGUUUAAACCAUGCCGAACGCGUUUAUCAGCACUUAUCUAUAGCAUUCCCCUUUAUCGCAUUUGUAAUUGCUUUAUCUGUGCCGCUGGGAAUAAUUGUGGCGUUCCUGUUCAAUGACAAGCAGAAGCUCAAUAAAGCUCUUAUAGACAGUGUAGAAUCUUCGGUGAAUAAUACUAGCCUACAAUUGAUCACAGCUAAGGAUUUAAUAAAGCUUGUGCACGCUAGGGUACCGACAAUAAUACUAUAUUUCCAUCCUAGUGGAAAUGACGAACAAGCGAAUAUGCUUAAUUUGCACUCUGUUCUGCUGAAGGAAAUAUCCGCUUUAAAGGGAUCGCCUCUAAAUGUUUAUCGGCUCAAUGUAAUGGAACAGUCGGACGCACUCAAUCCUUUGUUGAAAAAUGCAAUUAAAAAUGCGCCUGGAGUUUUUAUGCAGUUGGUCAUACCUACUGAGAAUGAAUCUAAUGUGAUUUCCAUACAACCUCCAAUAUCCGUCGAAUCGUUUGUUGUACACAUAGCUAGUUUGUUGGAGCAUUUUGGGAUGAAAUUUUCUAAGGACAGUGAUGAAUUAUCUGCGUUGGACAGACGAUUAUUACGCGUAAAGCGGUGCUUUUUCAACUUGAGUAUGAAUGGCCAAGUACGAUUUUUAGAAAGUCCGAACCUUUCGAUUUUAGAAAAACAAUGUGAACAGAAUUUGGAACGUACUAAAACAAUAUUAUGAUAAUGUGAGUUUAAAAUGAAUUUUAUAUGU